CGCUAAGAAUAGCCCGGCUGCUGAAAUGUGAGGGGUCACAAACACUGGAUAAAAAGGCUGGUCGGACGUGCAGUAGGCGUCGCGGAACUAAACCGGAUCCUCUCCUCUAAAUCUCUCCUCUUCCUCAGCGGAUCUCCACAAACACAGAGUCACCAUGCCUCACGCCUACCCUUUCCUGAGCCCUGAGCAGAAGAAGGAGCUCUCUGACAUUGCUAAGAAGAUCGUUGCCCCUGGCAAGGGCAUCCUCGCUGCCGAUGAGUCCACAGGCAGCGUUGCUAAGCGCUUCCAGAGCAUCAACACAGAGAACACAGAGGAAAACAGGAGGCUGUACCGCCAGCUCCUCUUCACUGCGGACAAGGAGAUCGACCACUGCAUCGGCGGCGUCAUCCUCUUCCACGAGACCCUCUACCAGAAGGCCGACAGUGGCAAGACCUUCGCUCAGGUCAUCAAGGACAGGGGCUGGGUCGUGGGCAUCAAGGUUGACAAAGGUGUCGUUCCCCUGGCUGGAACCAACGGAGAGACCACAACCCAGGGUCUGGACGGUCUGUACGAGCGUUGCGCCCAGUACAAGAAGGAUGGUGCUGACUUUGCCAAGUGGCGCUGUGUGCUGAAGAUCACCCCCACCACCCCCUCCAGCCUCGCCAUCAAGGAGAACUGCAACGUGCUCGCCCGCUACGCUAGCAUCUGCCAGAUGCACGGUAUUGUGCCCAUUGUUGAGCCUGAGAUUCUCCCCGAUGGUGACCACGACCUGAAGAGAUGCCAGUACGUCACAGAGAAGGUCCUGGCUGCCAUGUACAAGGCCCUGUCUGAGCACCACGUGUACCUGGAGGGCACUCUGCUAAAGCCCAACAUGGUCACCGCCGGACACUCCUGCUCCCACAAGUACACCUCCCAGGAGAUCGCCAUGGCAACAGUCACCGCCCUGCGCCGCACUGUGCCCCCCGCAGUCCCAGGCAUCACUUUCCUGUCUGGAGGUCAGAGUGAGGAGGAGGCCUCUAUCAACCUGAACUCCAUGAACAAGUGUCCUCUGCACAGACCCUGGGCGGUCAGCUUCUCCUACGGCCGCGCCCUGCAGGCGUCUGCACUCAAAGCCUGGGGCGGCAAGAAGGAGAAUGCCAAGGCCUGCCAGGCUGAGCUCAUCAAGAGAGCCCAUGCCAACAGCAAGGCUUCCAUUGGCAAGUACGAGGGAGGUGGAGCAGGUGCCGCUGCCGGCGAGUCCCUCUUCGUGGAAAACCACGCCUACUAGAGUGGGCAAACCCUUCACUACACCCCCAACCCCCCCGCCCCUCGCAACCAAGACCACACACCAGAAGGUUCCAGAUAUGUGUGAAAAUACCGUCGUCCCUUCUUGGUGGUCAAGUCACGGCCCUCUUGCCUUGGCAUGAGAGUGAGAGAGACCCGUAGACCACCUGCCUGGUCUCGCGUCUCGUCUCCCUGAGGAUCCGGAUUACAUCUGCCUCCAUUCCCUGUCACGACGCUCCUGCGUUCCUGAUCCUGUCAAAAAUCCCUUCAACUGUUCCUUAUUUUUCUUAACAAUACAUUUUUUGUUUUGUUUUCGUAGGAGAGUACCUCUGUGGUUUAUUGUUCAUAAAUAGACCGUGGAAUAAAGUACCUUUCUUCCAA